ACGGAAACGAGGAGAAUUCAAAACAGAAGACCUAAAUGUGUUCAGGAUCUCAUCAUUGUCCAUAAUUAUCACAUGCAUUUGUUAUUAAGCGCUAUUGUAUCCACCUGAGUGAGUUGGUGUGUUUUGAAAAAAGUUACCACAAUGUCUCAAGUGACUCUUUUGGAUGAGGUCUCUCAGUGGAACCAGGAGAUCUGUCAACAAGAACUCAAAACUGUCCUACCUAAAAUGCACGCCAUGCAUCAUGACACUGACAGCUGGGAAGAGCACACAAAUAUUCUGCAAAUAAUCACAAGCAAGUUCCUCCCUCAUCUUUCUUUAUCUGAAUUAGAGACGGGAUGUUUCUCCACUGUCUUACCCAAGGUGGUAAAAGUGUUUGCAGGUCUUUUGGAAGAAAUCAGCAAGCAAAUUGGAGGCCUUUCUAGUCAGAACACAGAGCUGCAUGUAUUUGUGAGAAAUAUACUGAAGAUGAUGUUCCAGACCCUGGAGUCCCUCUCUGGCUGUGUGCGUCAUGUCAAUUCCUUUGAAGAGUCUGUCUCCUUUGACAACAUUCGCUCUCUGCCCUCUUGCAUUCUUAGAGUCCUAAAAGACACCUUCCAGCACUGCAAGGACAGUGAGGUCAUAUACAGUGGAAGACUGUCAUUGGUGGGCGAUUUACUUCAGGGCCUUUUUAAAGAGGCCUAUUCUUUGCAGAAGGGUCUGAUGGAACUCUUGGACAAAAUUAACUUGGAGGACACUGCAUCUGAGGAGGAAGUAUCGGAUAUUGUCACAGUGAUUCACAGUCUGCUGGACAUAUGCUCGAUCAUAUCCAGAUUGGACAUUGCCCUACAUGCCAACACAUGGAAAUGUAUCAUUAAACAGAGCGUGAAGUACCAGUCUCUUGUAGAAGAUCAGCUCCAUCACACUGACAUAGCCUUCUCAUUGUGUGAAGACCUGUGUACGUCUGUCCAGAACUGUCUUGAGCUGGCUCAACAGAUCCAACAGGCAGAUCUACAGGAAGUUGUGCACUGUCCAGAAUACAAGCUUUUCCAAAAAGCCACAAAGAUGUGUAGGUUUUUAGCCAACACAUUAGUCCACUACACAAAGGAAUUUAAAGCAUUCCUUGCCAAGUCAUGCUGUCGAUUUCACCAGUUGUAUCUCCAAAUCCACAGCAAGUUCCCCCCGUCUGUAUGUGCCCCAUCCGUGCCUCCUGCCCUCAGUGAGGAAUUGAGAGUGGCUGUCCUGGUUCCCUUAGAUGUCAUGCUGACACAACUGAUGCCCUUCCAACCCUUUGCUCAGUCUGUCCUGGACCCAGACCACCAGAGCAGUGCAGAGCUUUGUCUACCACAGUGUCUGCUACUGGUGAAUAUACUGGGUAAACUCUCCUCCCAGUCAGAGGAGGCGCUGCGGCUGUGGAGUGAUGGCAGCCAAUUUUCGGAGGAAACUCCCAGAUGGUCUGUGUUUGAGGCCGUGUUGCAGAGUUUCAGGCAUUGUAUGUUGGAGCGUGCAGUUCCAGUGUGGUUACCGGGGGUAAUGCUGAGAGGGCAGGCUCAGGGUAGAGUCAGUCUGCAUCAGCAUGUGUGUGUCCAUAUGUGUGCUUGUGUGGCUGUGCUGCCUGCACAACACUUCCCUCCGCUGGAGCGGUCACUAUUAGCUGCCGUAUUACAGGCAGACACACAGACGGCUGUCUUGGCCACAGAUGUCUGGUGUUUCCUGGCACGGUAUGGCACGUCCGAGUUGUGUUUUCACCAUGUUCUCCUUAUUGCUCACCUGAUAAGGUCAUGUCCUGGUGAGGGUUAUCAGCUGUUUCACUUGGCCCUGCUGCUUAGACGCCUGCUCUUUCUCAUGACUCCAAAACACCAGGUGGAGUUUGUGGAGCGCUUCCCUCCCUCUCAGGAGGAGAAUGUGUGUGUGUGGCGUCAGACUCUGCUGAGGUGUCUGUGCGUGGAGGCACGCAUGCAGGUGGAGGAAGAGGUGCUCGCCAGGGCUUCUGUUGUACUGCAGGAAUGGCAGAAUAGUGGCCACAAGCUGGGAGAUAUACCGAGACUGAACCGAAUACUGGGCUGUGUGCUGCUGGUGAUGGGAGGUAGCAGCCUGCAGGCGGAAUGUGUGCUGUCUUCUGUAAAGAUCAUCUCUCAGCUGUGGAGUCGCAUGAGUAGCAACCAGGUGCAGGUUCAUCCUCCUCUCCAGUGCACUGUGAAGCUACUCCUGUCAUUAUCAGCUGUUCUGAUCAAAAGUCUGGAGCCACAUGUCAUCGUUCAGGCUGUUUCAUGUUUGAGUGGUUUGACUAUCCAGAAAUGCUCUGAUGACCUGCUUUUAGCUGGUUUGGAGUUCCUUGCUUCCAUGGGAAAAGUAUUUUUUCCUCCAAAUAUUCAGUGCCAAGUUUUGCCCAGAAUCAGUGCUCUGUUUAAUGGUCUCCUGACUCACUCAUCCUGGCUGAUACUCCAUCAUGUCCUGGAGGCCUUUGGCCUCUUUGCAGAGAUAACCAACCACGAGGAAGUGAUUUCUCAAACACUGACAUCAGAGGAGGUCAAAACCAAAGUGUUAAACUUCCUCAGUAAGACGGUCUCACUGCAGGAGUCUGAGGAAUUGAGACUAGAACGUCUCAAGGAGUGGAGGAGUAUAAUAGAGAAACACUGUGAGCAAAUGGAGCGUGAGAACAGAUCACCUGAACACACACCAAUUACUGUGGAGCCAUGUCUGAAAAAGGCAAGACAGGAGACCAACACAGAAGAGGAAUAUGAGCGAUACCUCCAGACAGCAGAAAGUGCCUUGAAAGCCCUGCAGGCUAUAGAGGGGCCUGGCCUAAGCCCGUCCCCUCCAGUGUGGGUCAGGGUCAGACUUCAGGUCUUACAGACACUGAUAACUCAAAUCAACACCUCUACAGAACAGCAGCCCUGAUUCAACCACAACACCACCUCUACCUCUGGCUGCUUUUAUCACAACACUUGCUUGUCUGUUCCAUACCACUACAUUAGUUGAUGUCACCUAAGAUAUUUGUAUAGAAGUUUAUAUGGAGAAGGGUCACUCCAAAAGACCAUUUAAUUGUUUAUUAAACUUUAUUAAAAUUGAUUGUUUUGUAGAUUUAAUAACUUC